AUGUACCUGCUGCGACACGGAGUAAACCUCUCGCGGCGCGCGUGCAGAGACGCGCCGCCGACGAGGACGCUGCUCCUGCUGGCCAUCGCGCUUGGCUGCUUAGAUGCAUGCGUCGCUGCUCCACGAGCUCAAAGCGUCGCCGGCGAAGAUGCAGUCGGUCCAGCGGGUAACUAUAAUGGCCUGCAAUUUGGACCGAUGGGUCCCAGUAAGGACACGCCGGCGGCGGCGAAACGCUCGGCGUCCGCGCCCACGUCGCCGAUGACCACCACUUCAGGAGACGGCAGCGGUGCAACUACUGCUGAAGGCGAUGCCGAGUCCACUACCACCGCUAAGAAGGAAACACAGCGCUACCAAGUCGCUUCGGUAUCCUUCGCUCGAGUGGAGGUGCCGUUCAUCAUCGGGUUGUGGAUAUUCUGCGCCAGUCUGGCGAAAAUAGGAUUUCACAUGGCACCAAAGUUGAACGAAAUCUUUCCGGAGUCUUGUUUGUUGAUUGUUGUUGGCGUUGUGAUUGGAGUGAUUCUCGUGCACGUUACGGAUGCACACAUGUCGCCACUAUCGCCUGACACCUUCUUCUUCUACAUGCUGCCGCCAAUCAUCCUGGACGCUGGUUAUUUCAUGCCAAAUCGGCUCUUCUUUGAUCAUUUGGGCACCAUAUUAAUAUUUGCCGUUAUAGGAACUAUUUUUAAUACCUUAACUAUAGGUGCUUCCUUAUGGGCGGUAGGCACAACAGGACUUUUCAGCUGUACAACGCCGCUGCUUGAGAUGUUCUUGUUCAGCGCGCUCAUCUCCGCUGUGGACCCAGUGGCGGUGUUGGCUGUUUUUGAAGAAAUUCAAGUCAAUGAAAUCUUGUACAUUGUUGUAUUUGGCGAGUCGUUGUUAAACGACGCCGUGACAGUAGUGCUGUACCACAUGUUUGAGCAUUACAGUGAAAUGGGUCUUGAGAAUAUCAUCUACACAGAUAUAUUGGCUGGAUUUGCAAAUUUCUUUGUGGUAGCCAUUGGGGGUACAGUAAUUGGCGUUCUCUGGGGUUUCGCUACCGGUUUUGUCACACGCUUCACCAACGAGGUGCGCGUCAUCGAACCAAUCUUCAUCUUUGUGAUGGCUUAUCUAGCGUACCUUCACGCGGAGAUUUUCCAUAUGUCUGGCAUUCUAGCCAUAACAUUCUGUGGCAUCACGAUGAAAAACUAUGUCGAGGCGAAUAUUUCACACAAGUCCCACACAACCAUCAAAUAUGCAAUGAAAAUGCUGAGCAGCUCAUCGGAAACGAUUAUCUUCAUGUUCUUGGGCGUUGCUACAGUAAACAGGAAUCACGAUUGGAAUACAUGGUUCGUCAUCUUGACGAUCAUAUUCUGCUCAGUGUACCGAAUAUUGGGUGUGAUUGUGUUAACCUGGAUAGCAAACAAGUUCCGGCUGCAUCAAUUAAGCAAAGUGGAGAAGUUUGUCAUGUCCUACGGCGGACUGCGAGGGGCGGUCGCAUUUGCACUAGUGCUACUCAUCGACGAGAAAGUGGUACCGCUGCAGCCGAUGUUCAUGACCACAACGAUCGCCGUCGUCUACUUCACCGUGUUUAUUCAGGGUAUCACAAUCAAGCCACUAGUUAAAAUUCUCAAUGUGAAGACAGCCGAGAAACGGAAGCCUACGAUGAACGAACGUAUUCACGAACGGCUAAUGGAUCACACGAUGUGCGCUAUUGAAGAUAUUGUUGGCCAGCAUGGAAAUUACCAUGUUCGUGACAGAUUUAAACGGUUUGAUAAUAAAUUUAUCCGGCCGUAUUUGUUGCGAAAUCAUCAAGGUGCCGAGCCGAAAAUCCUCGAGACAUAUUCCAAACUCGCAAUGAAGGACGCAAUGGAGUAUAUGACCCGCAAUGCAUCUACCAUCGGUAACAUAUCCGGGACAGAGAGCAUGUCGGCCAUCUUCCGCAACUAUACGGCGGGAAACCUCAACGGCAGGUGCGCCCCCAAAAUUAUCACCUGUGCGAGCUUCAGUCAAUUGGAUACCAGCACAUGGAACAUUGACAUGCAAGAAUUGGAAUAUAAUCCUUCAAGGAAGGAUAUGACUGACGCUAAAAUUCAUCAUCUGCUAGCAGAAGAACUCUGCAAGCCCUACAAACGGGUAAAACAUCGGCGAUUGAGUUACAGCCGCCAUGCGGUCAAUGAUCGAGAUCUUUCGACGCAGGUCAAUUAUCGCAUGCAGCUGAAUUUCAGAAGACUCGUUGCUGAUAAAAAGCAUCACCACAAGCGACACAGCAAGAAAUUAAAUAAAGAUGGGAAACAAAAUCAUGUGAGUUUCCCAGAAUUCCAACAAAAUGGCACAGCGAAACAAUUCUCACAUGGUAAAUACCAGGAUUACAUCGAUGAAGUUCUGCAUGAAGAUAACGACACAACAGAACCCAAAUCGAGCAAAGAGGAUUGGGACAGUCCCAUCACAUUCACAGCGAAGUCAUCGCCAAGUGAAGAAGCACCGCUGAGUGCUGGAACUGAAGGAAGCGGAAGUCUGACUAGUCAAUUAACCCCAUUGAUGGGGACGAAAAGUAAAAAAACGACCGCCGUCGAGGGGUGCCUGCCGUGGCGCCGGGACCCACACGGUACGACCAACGAGCGAUCAGGAUCGUGCAUUUUUUCUAUCUCUGCAUUAAACUUGCCAUCGAAGAGAAUGCCCGAAAUGAGUCCAGCAGACACAUUCCGAUUUACAGAUGAUAGUCUUUUCUCGGACACGGGAAAACGGUUAUCGAAAGGUUCCAUCGACGGUGGAGAACUGAUGCGUGUUGCUACACCCACAGCUACCGAAAGUGUGUUACCCUGGAAACGAGAUGAUGAAAUGGAGGAUUGUAAACCAAUUCAACAAUGCGAGUUUCCUGCGUGGGCUUCAAACAAGGAAUACUUAGCGUAUAAUUCACCAUCAGCUACGUUCCUUGGAGGAAUUGAAAACCCAAGAUCAUCCGUGAUUGGUCUGUUCCGAAGGGAAAGCACUGGUUCAGGUCAAAUAAGCAGUAAUGAUGAAUCUUCACCACAAAGAGAUCGCCGCGGUUCUGCUUCUGGUCCGAAUGCCGUGCUACUAAUUGAAGAUGGCGUAUCAGAUCCUUUGGGAGUCCUGCAACGUCCUGGUGCUAUCCCGCCGCCUCCGCAGACGCCUUCGGGCCAGCGCAGGCAAGCACGACGCGGGUCCAUGCUCGAGCUAAGCGGGUCUAUAAAGAGGGAUACGAUCCCUGAAGAGGCGAUCGGCGGCGGCCGGCGGCCAUCUUGGCUUCCGUCUCUACGCUCGACGCCGCGAAUGCCUGUGCGACGAGCGCAAACCCUCGGCGCUGCACUCAUGUCCCAGAAUCUCUCGCCGUCGUCAGAGGAGAGCUCAGCCGCCGAAGAUGAGGAUAUCGAGUGUCUUAUGAAGACUUCAGGAUUUUAAUAGCAAGUAAACGUUAUAAAAUUAAGAAUUAAGUCAAUAACUUGCGUACCAAGCUUGGAGAGCAAGUGGACGGCGUCUGAAUGAGAGUGCAGCUUAGGAAUAUCUAAAAUAAGUAGAUAAUUUGAAAGAAAAAAGUAUUAAGCAGAUGGAUUGUGAUGAAUUAACGAGUAAAAUCAACAAAAGUGUGGCGCAACAUUCCAUAUUUUGGUAAUAGUUAAUGGCGAUUGGACGGUGCACAAAUUUGUACAAUACUAAGCAAAAACCAAACAUAAAACAAAAAUGAAUGACUGAAACUCGAAUCUUAGACGAAACUUGUGAUCUUCGAAGUUGUUGUUGGAUGCUGGAGGUAGCACACGAGGAUGUAAACGCAUGCAAACAUUAAUAGCAUUUAUUAUUCAUUUUGUGCAUUGAAGAGAUCUUUCGAAAUGUGAGAAUUCAAACGUUUGCUGAGUCGGAGUACACUUAAUAAUUGCAAAUCGUCCAAAAUUACUCAUAUAGGUUUUACGUCUCUACUGUAUUCGAUUAUUAACAAUCAAAUUUACUUUAGAGUAGGCGUGAACAUUUUUGAAAUAAAAUUACAUAGAAGUUGACUGUUAGAAAGAAGUGUUAGCUGCUUAAGCAAUGCUUUCCUCCUGGAUGCUUCCGCGCCAUUGAAACUUCUCUCUAGUUCAUUAAAGCGGACUAUAAAUGCAAACAAUGUUUGUUCAUAUUCAAAAAAACUUAUAAUUUUGGAAGAUCCGAUAGGAGGGCAACACUAAUUUAUGAUUGAAAACAAAAUUGUGUAUUAAUUUAUGCCUUCUUACGUAGAUUGUACAACGAUAUCUUUACAAUAAUUAAUUUUAAAUGUAAACAAAGAUGCAAGUAUACCAAAUAAUUAAUGUAAAUAAUUUCUUUAGUAUUAAAUACUAUUCUAAGGUUAUUGCGAGUCUAGUUAAGGUUAAAUGUCAAUAACAAAACAUCUGCUACAUAAUUUCAACAUUUCUUAUAUUUAAUCAAACGCAUUUAAACUUAAUUUAUUGGAAUUUUAGUCAUAAGUUGAUAUUGCGGCCGUUGUAUUUAGAAAAAUGAGGAUUUACAAGUUGUAAUAUAGCAUUAUUAUGGUAAUUUUCUAGCAUUUCGAUCAGCAAAGUAAACAAUGUAAAUUUGCAAGCCACCAAUUCAUUUUCAUAAGUAAGAAAACAAAAUGUAUUAAGGAUUGUGCCUCAUGUUUAAAGAAAAAGUUGUACUAAUUGAUACUGAUGCACUUCGUUUAACUCGUAUGAAAUUAAUUGAUUAUUGUAAAUUGGAAACAUCACCAAAUGGAUCUCUUACAAAACUUGCUUACGAUGUACAAAUCAAUCAUGCAAACAACAACUAAGCGUAACAUUAACGAUCUUACUGUGUAUGUAAUUAAGAUAUUAAGCGUUGUUGACCUUGCAAAAGUUAAAGGGUAAUCAACAGGAGCAAAGCCGAGAUCACUAUGAAUAAAUUGCAAACUAACGUAACUUGUAAUCCUAAAACUAUUUAAGAUGUCAGGAAGAAAAAACAAACUAAGAGGAAAGCUAACGUAAGAAGAAAAUUGAACUUAAGAUGAAACAAAUCUAUGACGAAACAAAAGAGAUAUUUUUGCAGACAGACAAUACCUUUGUAACUUUAAUUUCCGUGUUUUGUAAAGGUGCGUUUUAUAAAAACAAACGCGCAUCAUCAUGUGUAAUCGAUUUUGAGGGCGGUAUAACGGGAUGAGCCGUGGUUGUAAGUACUGUGUACUUGUACUAUGUAAGUACUUACUUCGCGGUUGCAGUGCAGUUCUUUUCAUCAACAAUUACUGUAAUACACCCACCUCUAGAAGAAGGAAAAGUAAUACUGUACUGAAGUUGAAUAAAAUUAUGAUUGUUGAAAAAAAGAACAAA